CUAUGUUUGAUUUUCAUUGCAAUGGUGGUUGCAUUUGUAGCCAUAGCUAAGUCCAUCGGACAACAAUGCUUGAAGCGAUCAAAACCCUAUUCCCACUUUUACUUCUCCAUUUAUGGAGUCCAAAAAUGGCAAUUUCAGAGUCAUAGAACUCUAAUCUUACAGUCAGCUUCUCAAUCCGUCAAAUUGGAAAGACUCUCCGAUUCCGAUUCCGGGAUUUUGGAGGUUAAAUUGGAUAGACCCGAGACGAGAAAUGCGAUUGGGAAGGAUAUGCUUAGAGGAUUACAGCAAGCGUUUGAAUCUGUGAGUAAUGAACGUUCAGCAAAUGUUUUGAUGAUCUGCAGUUCGGUUCCUAAAGUGUUCUGUGCUGGAGCUGAUUUGAAGGAACGGAAAACUAUGACUUUGUCGGAAGUCCAGGAUUUUGUAAGCACUUUGCGAUCAACAUUUUCUUUUUUGGAGGCUCUUCAUAUCCCUACAAUUGCUGCCAUUGAGGGUAUAGCAUUGGGUGGGGGACUUGAGAUGGCAAUGUCUUGUGAUAUCCGGAUUUGUGGUGAAGAUGCAGUGAUGGGCUUACCUGAAACAGGGCUUGCUGUAAUACCAGGAGCAGGAGGAACACAGCGGCUUCCUAGAUUGGUUGGAAAAUCAAUUGCAAAAGAUAUAAUAUUUACUGGCCGAAAGAUUAGUGGGAAAGAUGCUGGAUCAAUUGGGCUUGUCAAUUACUGCGUUCCUGCUGGUGAGGCUCGUCUCAAGGCACUUGAACUUGCUAGGGAUAUUAAUCAGAAGGGUCCGCUUGCUUUAAGGAUGGCAAAACGUGCGAUUGACAAAGGAGUGGAGCUAGAUACGGAAUCAGGUUUAGCUUUGGAGUGGGAUUGCUAUGAACAACUGUUAGACACGAAAGAUCGAGUAGAAGGCCUUGCUGCAUUUGCUGAGAGGAGAAAACCCAAGUAUAAGGGUGAAUGAAAAGAUUGUAACACACCUAAUAGAUAAGCUGAUCAUUCAUAAACGAACACCAAAACAAAGUACCCCAUUUAUACUUUAUCUAAUUCAUCAUGAUUCAUGUC